AUGGCCACCUUACCAUCCCUCGUGCUCCUCCUCCUCCUCCCCUGCUGCCUCCUGCACCGCGCGGGCGCCCAGACCGCCCGUGAGGGGCAGCUUCUCAUCCGGAUCAAGCGCGCGUGGGGCGACCCGCCCGUGCUGGCGGCAUGGAACAGCUCCAGCGACCACUGCACCUGGCCCUACGUGAUCUGCGACGCGUCCUCCGGGCGCGUCACGAGCCUCUCCCUCGCCAACGCCUGCGUCGCCGGCUCGUUCCCGGACGCCAUCGGCGGCCUCUCCAGCCUCAGGAGCCUCAACCUCUCCAACAACCACAUCGCCGGCGCCUUCCCGACCAGCAUCUACCGGUGCGCUUCGCUCCGGCACCUCGAUUUGUCACUUACCUACCUCCACGGCGAGCUCCCUGCCGACAUCGGCAACGGCGUGCCGCUGCUGCAGACGAUGAACUUGUCAGGUAACCAGCUCUCUGGCGAGAUCCCGAGGAGCGUAGCCAAGCUCCGCUUGCUGACGCAGUUGGACCUGAGCAAGAAUCAGCUCGCCGGCGAGAUACCGGCUGAAUUGGGCGCCAUGCGGGUGCUCAACGCGCUUGACCUGUCAUCAAACAAGCUAUCCGGCGACAUACCGCCACCGCUUGCCAAGCUAAAGCUCAGCUCGCUCAACCUGUCAUCCAACCAGCUCGACGGCCAUGUACCGGCAGGACUCGCCAUCGCCGCUUACGACCGGAGCUUCCUCGACAACCCCGGCCUCUGCCAUGCCGGUCUGGGCCCCGGCUACCUCACCGGCGCGCUACUGUGCUGCGAGAUCACAAGCCAUCUUCUCCUCCGGGGGCGUCUCGCCGGAGCUCCGCACUGGCCUCCUGUCGCUGCCGGCGUGCUCCUUGUCCUUAUCAUGGCCUUCGCCUUCUUCAUCGUCCGCGACAUCAGGAAAAGGAAGCGCGCGGCACAGGGCGGUAGCUGGAAGAUCACGCCUUUUCAGACCCUGGAUUUCGGGGAGGCGGCCAUACUCCGGGCGCUGACCGAAGAGAACCUCGUCGGCAGCGGCGGGUCGGGACGCGUGUACCGCGCCGCGUACACCAACCGGUACAACGGCAAGGCCGGCGCCGCUGCCGUGAAGAAAAUACGGAGCGCCGGGAAGGUGGAAGAGAGGCUGGAGCGCGAGUUCGAGUCGGAGGCCAGCAUCCUCGGCGGCGUCCGGCACAAGAACAUCGUCAGGCUCCUGUGCUGCCUCUCCCACGCCGACUCCGGCGACAAGCUCCUCGUGUACGACCACAUGGACAACGGCAGCCUCGACGGGUGGCUCCACAGGCACGCUCUCCCCCACGGCGCCGGGCACUCCGCGUCGUCCAACGAGGGUGGUUUGGACUGGCCCACGAGGAUCAGAGUCGCCGUCGGCGCCGCGCAGGGGCUCCGCUACCUGCACCACGAGUGCUCCCCGCCCAUCGUUCACCGGAACGUCAAGACCAGCAACAUCUUGCUGGACUCCGAGUUCCGAACCAAGGUCGCAGACUUCGGGCUGGCUAGGAUGCUGGUGCAGGCCGGCACGCCCGACACCAUGUCCGCCGUUGCCUGGUCGUUCGGCUACAUGGCUCCAGAGUGCGCUAACACGACGAGUGUGACGGAGAAGGUGGACGUGUACAGCUUCGGCGUGGUGCUCCUGGAGCUCGGGCGGGCGGCCAACGACGGCGGCGAGGACGGGUCCCUGGCGGAAUGGGCGCGGCGCCUGUGCCAAUCAGGAGGAAGCAUCGACGGAGCCACAGACAGUCGCAUCAGAAACGCGGGAUUCUCCGAGGAGAUCGAAUUCGUGUUCAGGCUAGGCCUGAUGUGCACGACAGAGUCGCCGUCGUCGCGGCCGACCAUGAAGUACGUGCUGCAGAAGCUGCUCAGGUGCUCCGAGCAGACGCACCAGAAGGGCAAGGUGACUCCGCUCUUGCAGACGCUCUUGGAGAAGAGUGACUUCGACAGCACUGUCUGAAUUAAGGAGCAACAGCGCCUGUAAGCAGGCAAAUGAUGAAGCUUCAUUCAGGUAGUACUCCAAGUUUACAUACUGUACGAGAGGAUAGAGUUAUAAGUCCAAACCUAGCUUCACAUUCUUUGAUUGAUUAGCCCGGUUCAAAAAAAAAAACUUUGAUGAUACAUUAGUCAAACCCCAUGGUACCUGUUCAUGGUGGAGGAGCCAUUUUCAGUUUAGAAAAACUGAACAUGUAUUGCAUACAUAUAUAUAGUAUGUGGAUCACGAAACA